UGUGCAUAAAUAAACAAGCACACACCUCCACGACGAUCAGUGCCAACUGAAGUUCCAGAGAUUUUUCCUUUUCCCUUUGCUUAUCUUUUUUCUCUUCGGUACCUGGUUCAGGUACUAUAGUCGCCAAAAUGCCGUUCGGAAUCCUGGACUGCAAGAAGAUGGAAAUCGUGCCUGGCACGGCUUUCAUGUCCGACCAGGACGACCUGCCACCAGAGUAUGCCGACAUACCCCGCGAGCAGCUCAAGCACGGCACAGGGCGUUUCAAGGACGUCAUCCUCGUCCCCCAGCCGUCCGACGAUCCCAACGACCCGCUGAACUGGCCGCAAUGGAAGAAAGAGCUAAUCCUCUUCAUCGUCGGCCUCUCCGCAGCAGUGGUCGGCGCCUACGGGCCGAUGCUGUCCCCGGGCUUUGUCGACAUCGCGCGCGACCUGGACAUCACGAUCGACGUGCUCGCGCAGUCGACGGCCUGGCUGAUCCUGACCAUCGGCCUGGGCCUGUUCAUCACCAACCCGCUGGCCAAGAUCAUCGGCCGCCGGCCCGUGUACUUGGCCGCCAUCGUCAUCAUGUUUGCGACCAGCGUCUGGAGCGCCGUGACCAAGGAGUAUGGCUCGUUCUUGGGCAGCCGCAUCGUCGCGGGCAUUGGCAUGGCGCCCUACGAGGUUCUCGUGCAGUGCACGAUCGGGGAUCUGUAUUUCACCCACGAGAGAGCUACCAGGAUUGCGAUUUGGAAUUUGUUCCUCUUGACGGGCAUCAGUGGUGGUGCGCUGGUCGCUGGAUAUAUCAUUGAGAAGGAUGGGUAUCGGUGGACGUUUGGCGUGUGUGCCAUUUUCUUUGGCGUCCUGAUGAUGGCCGUGUUCUUCCUGGUCCCCGAGACGGCGUACCGGAGGAACACGGUGGUGGUGGUUGCUUCCUCGGCUAGCGACAAGGAGGAGGCGGGCAGCGUCCGCCACGUGAAGCUGGAGAAGAAUGAUAUGAGCGACACCAGCCACAAGGAGGAGGCGUCGACUGUGGCGCCGACGGUCCCCAAGAAGCACACGUACUGGCAAUCGCUCCGGGUUUGGACCGGUCGCUACUCGAAAGCACCCGGCUGGAAGCCGUUCGUCCGACCGUGCGUCAUGUUCUUCUACCCGGCCGUGUUUUGGGGAUUCCUGGUCUACGGCACCGUCAUCACCUGGAUCGUCGUCUUCUCGGUCGUCAACGGCGUCAUCUUCGUCGGCCCGCCGUACAACUUUACCGUCAGCCAGACGGGCCUCAUCAGUCUCUCGCCCUUCAUCAUGACCAUCAUCGGCGAGCUGGUCUCGGGUCCGCUUAACGACUGGAUCUGCGUCUACCUCACCAAGAAGAACCGGGGCAUCUACGAGCCCGAGUUCCGGCUGCCGCUGAUGGUGGUCUCUCUCGUCCUCGGCGUCGUCGGCUUCUUCGGCUUCGGCGCCACCGUCGAGUACCAGACCCACUGGGCCGGCCCCGUGCUGUGCUUCGGCCUCGCCAACAUGAGCCUGGUGUUCUCGGCCACCUGCGUGUUCGGCUACGUCAUCGACAGCUACAAGGAGCACAACGAGGAGGCGUUUGUGGCCAUCAAUGCUAGGAACCUGCUCACAUUCGGCCUGACCUACUUUGUGAACUCGUGGCUGGAGCAGCAGGGGCCGCUGAUCGUCUUCUCCAUCCUCGGCGGGCUGUUUGUGUUUGUCUCGCUGCUGACGAUUCCGCUGUGGAUUUUUGGCAAGAAGUGCCGCAGCUUUACAGGCCGCAACGAGUGGCUGCAGCGGUUCAUGAACGAUAAGGACUAAAGGACGGCAACCCGGGGCUACGGAGGCCGAAAGGAGGUUUAUGGUUUGCCUGUGGGUUUGUUAGAACAGUAGUGCUCCUAGUAGUAUAUGCACUGAGCAAUGAGCUGUGGGGGGGUGUCUGU